AUGGGCGAAACAAUGGGCCGGGAUGCGGAUGUUCGGGAAGCGUUCACAUCCGGACGGGAACGGACCGGGAAUCGGUUCCCACAGGAUACCAAUAUCGAAGACUUUGGUGUGCAGUGGUUGACGCUGAAUGGAACCGAGCUGGAUACGGAGUAUAAGCAACAUAACCUUGGCAUUCUCGAAAGGACAGAAAUAGUUGGCAACAUGUCGAACGGUACGUCCGAAGCAAUCGAGAGCCUGGAGCAACAAAUCAACAGCUUUUACUUCUAUGAGACUGAACAAUUUGCAGUAUUAUGGAUAUUAUUUGUGGUGAUCGUGCUCGGCAACACUGCUGUGCUGGUGACGCUAUUUCUCAACAAAAACCGCAAAUCGAGGAUGAACUUUUUCAUCAAACAGCUUGCGAUAGCAGACCUCAGCGUGGGGCUGCUAAGCGUCCUGACGGACAUCGUGCAGCGGAUAACGAUAUCCUGGUUGGCCGGGAACGUCGCCUGCAAGCUGAUCCGUUUCGUCCAGGUGUGGGUAACGUACGCCUCCACGUACGUGCUGGUGGCCCUUAGCAUCGACCGCUACGAUGCCAUCACGCACCCGAUGAAUUUUUCCGGUUGCUGGAAGCGUGCCCGUCGGCUGGUAGCCGCAGCCUGGGGCUUCAGUGCCGUCUUUUCGUCGCCAAUGUUCUACCUGUACGAGGAGCGCACCAUACAGGAUCAACUGCAGUGCUGGAUCGAUCUGGGCGAUCCGUUCCGGUGGCAGGUGUACAUGUGUUGGGUCGCCGCCUCACUCUUCGUCAUUCCGGCGUUCAUCAUUUCGGCAUGUUACGUCAUCAUCAUUCGGACGAUUUGGAGCAAAGGUUCGAUGCUGGGACCGGCCCCUGUCGGUACCGGUGCAAACGGAGCCAAACAUCGACCAAUCCGCAACGGAGGUUGCGCCGAGCUGGCAAGCAGACGGGCCAGCUCCCGUGGCAUCAUACCGCGUGCGAAGGUGAAGACGGUCAAGAUGACGAUCGUGAUUGUGAUCGUGUUCGUGCUGUGCUGGUCACCGUACAUAGUCUUCGAUCUGCUGCAGGUGUUCGAGCAGAUACCGAAGACGCAAACCAACAUCGCCAUCGCCACCUUCAUCCAAAGCCUGGCACCGCUCAACUCGGCGGCCAAUCCACUGAUAUACUGUCUCUUUUCCACGCACUUUGUGCGCACACUGAAAAGACUUCCACCAUUCCGAUGGCUGCUAUCGUCGCCGUUCUGCUGCGCCAGUGAGGAAGACCGCACAGACCGGGCCCGUUGCGGUACGAUCUCGAAUGGGAAUCGCAACCUGCGCAACCAGCACAGCAGCAGCUCGAUGCGAACGCUGACCACCUCGCUGACCGUAUCGACCCGCCGAUCGACCGCCACGAUUUCGACGCGCGGUACGAAUGGUGGUGCCGGUGCAGCGGGCCGCUUGCUCGUGUAG